UUCCCUUACAUGUUUCCAUAUGAAACUUUUCUUGUAUUCAUUUUUCUUGUUUUCACACUUAAAUCUAAAGGGUUCGCCAACUAUUCUUUUCCCCCCUUUUAUUAUCUCUCUCACUAUCUAUCUCUUUGAGUUUGACCCGUUGCCACCUAGCGGCAGCUUCUUUGCUCCCCUCCAAUGGCUACCCCACCACCCACCCAGUCCCCCACCUAGGCUUUCCUUUUCCUAAUUGUAUAGGAAAAAACGUAAGCUUUUUACUUGUUGCAUCUUUUUCAGAGCCCCCUCCUCUUUCUCUCAAACCAAUCCCUUAUUUAACCUUUCCUCUCUCCUUUCUUUUCUCUCUUUCCCCUUUCUCUCAAACCCUAAUCUACAGGCGUUUUUAUUUGGAACAAUCGAAAUGCAGAAUAUCUGAUCCAAGAACUCAAAAUCAAAUCUUUUUACCUUUUUUUACAGCCCCAGAUUUUUUUUUAUUAAUAUUGUUCGAGUUCAAGCUUGUGGUCCAAGAAAGUGAGCUUGAUGAGCUAACUCCAUUGUUUAGAUCAUCUAUCAUCAGAACUUUUCAAGAUAUAUGGGUUUUAGUAAAUAUACUAGCUCUUAGACUUUCCUUUCCCUAUUCUUUUUUCUUGACCUUUUAACUACAUUAGAAGCCAAUGGAUUCUGGGAAUAGUGGUAGUAUGCAAUCUUCAAGUGGUGGGGAUGAAGAGUAUGAUUCACGUGGAGAAUCCAUCUCUACUUUCUUGAAUAAUAAUAAUAAUAAUCCUACUCUCCAUUUUGGUUCAAUAUCUUCUAAUAAUAAUCCACCUCCACCUUUUCUUUCUCACCACCAACAUCCCACUUUCUUUGAUCCUCACUCACAAAAUCUUGACACCAAUUUCCCACAAAAUGCAAACUCUCAGUUUAAUACUAAUGAUCUCAUUUGGUCACAACGGGGUCUAAGAUCUGACCAAAACUUCAACAACUUUGGUACAUCCUCAGCAAAUGCUACUCAAGUUGUUCUUCAUCAAAACCUUUUUUCUGGUUCAUCUUCAGUACCACUACAACAAUCUUCAAUUGAAACUGCGGGUAAUGUUAUACAACGGGCUUCGAACUCGGCCCAGCCCGAACAUCAGCCCAAUGUGGUAAAAAAUCCGAAAAAACGGACCAGGGCAUCAAGGAGGGCGCCAACCACUGUCCUUACUACUGACACCACAAAUUUUCGACAAAUGGUUCAAGAAUUUACUGGCAUCCCUACGGCUCCGUUUACUGGUUCAGCCUACACUCGCCGCCUUGAUCUUUUCUCAACAGCUGGCUCGGCGAUGAGGUCGGGUCAUUUGGAUACUCUUGGACUACUUUACCCUUCAAGGCCUUCAGCACAAAAGGUUAAUCAAGUAUCUCCAUUUAUGCCACAAUUAUCUUCUUCUACUAGUACUUCUUCAUCAUCACUAUUGAGUUCUAGCAUGAUUGAUGCUUUAAUGCCAACAAAUAACAAUACUGGAAACAACAACUCUAUAAUUGGUGGUACUAGUAGUACCUCGGCCUCGACCUCUACCUCAACAAAUUUUCAGCUAGGUUCUGAUCAUCUUGGAAUGCAAAAACAAGCACAAAACUUGUUCAACAUGCAGAAUCAGAUUCUUUCAUUUAAGCAGCAUCAUCCAUUGGUUAAUAAUGCACAGGUUUUCGGCACCAAGUCAUCACAAGGAACAAAUAGUACUAUUGUUCCUUCUUUAGAUGAACUUGGAAUAAGUCAUGAUCAGCAAGUCAGUGCAAAUCUGAUCAGUGGAUAUCAAGGGGGAAUUUCUAGUCAAACAAGAAAUGAUGGAAAUAAUCUUUCAAGAUUGUGGAGAUCAGGUGGUAAUGGUCAGAAUGAUGGGGGUCAAGAAAAUCAGCUGAGAUCUUUUGGUGGUAACAACAAUAAUAACAAUGGUGGAAAUUCAUCACAACAACAUGUUAGUGGUUAUAAGUUUAAUUGUUCUGGUAAUUCUUCUACAUCAGAAUUCCAUAAUCAUGAGAAGGGUUUGGAAAAUGUGUGCUCAACAGGUGAAGGACCAGUUUCUUCUUGGACUAAUUGCCCUUCCGAGUAGAAUUAAGAAGAAACAAUCACAGCUGACGAUUAAAAGAAAUUGUUAACCUGAGAAAGUUAGUAUUUCGCGCAAUGGGAUAGAAUUCAUUAAUGACUCAUGAGAUCACUUUGGUGAGCUUUUCCUUUAAAUUAUUGUAUUCCGUUUUUUGUUUAAUUAUAUACUCCUCCUAAUACACAUGUAGAUAUAGCAUAUUUUGUACUCCUUUUGAUGAUUAAAUAUUUGGUAGAAUAUAUGGGAAUUGUGGGAAGGUAUUAUCUGGUUGUUUUGUUCGUAUAUAAUCAUAAGGUGGUUGCUUUUUUCUUUUA